GUUGAGGGGCAGUACUUGCUGCGUGCCAUUUCUUCUGGACCCGUGAUCAGUCAGUAAAACUACUGCAACUCAGCGAUAACAUACUUUAAUAUCAUCAAAGAUGCGACAUUAAACUGGCGAGGGUGCGUUACGUGCAGCGGUGCGUUUGUUGAAGCGGUAGCUAGCUGACGUUAGACAUGAAACGUUAGAGUAAGUCAACCGUCAAGUCGUUUCAAACACUUUGAGUAUUUUUAUCCUACGGUAACAUAAUAGUGUUGUUUUAGCUGGGACACCGCUAUGGAAAGCGACAAAACGGAGCCGAGUGAAGCCAAAGGCGCUGGGAGUGUGAGUACAGGCGACACCGAGAAGAAGGAGCUGAGCCCCGUGGAGACAGAGGGUCCCAAGCCCAAAGGGAUAAGUGCGGUCGCGGUGCUCUGGACGUUCGGGAAAUGUCUGGGCGCCCUGCUGCCUGUCUACCUGGCCGGUUACUACCGGGUCAGCACCAGCCUGUUGGUGUUCGGGAUGAUGGUCUACACGGGAUGGAAACAUGCCCGAGAAGCCAAGGAGGCUCGGCUGAAGUCAGCUAUCCAGCUGCUCGACAACGAGCAGGAGUACACGUCCAAGAAAGUGUCCAAAAGCAAGCGAGACCUCCCCGCGUGGGUCAGCUUUCCAGAUGUGGAGAAGGUUGAGUGGCUGAACAAGGUGCUGCAGCAAGUGUGGCCCUUUGUUGGCCAAUACCUUGAGAAGCUGCUGGUUGAAACUAUCGCUCCAUCUAUCCGAGCCUCCAGCACCCACCUCCAGACCCUCAGCUUCACAAAAGUGGACAUGGGAGACAAAGCCAUGAAGGUUGUUGGGAUCAAGGCACACACAGAGAAUGACAAAGGACAGGUCCUGCUGGAUCUGUAUAUUAGCUAUGUUGGCAAUGUAGAGAUCAACGUUGAGGUGAAGAGAUACUUCUGCAAAGCUGGAGUCAAAGGAAUACAGCUACAUGGGAUGAUGCGGGUGAUUCUGGAGCCUCUGAUUGGUGAUGUACCCAUAGUGGGUGCGGUCACCAUGUUUUUCAUCCAGCGGCCUAAACUAGACAUCAAUUGGACUGGACUGACUAAUUUGUUGGAUGUCCCUGGACUGAAUGUCAUGUCUGACAGCAUGAUCAUGGAUGCCAUUGCCUCUUUCUUGGUGUUGCCCAACCGCCUGGUUGUUCCCCUGGUUCAAGGCCUGCAUGUGGCCCAGCUACGCUCUCCAUUGCCCAGGGGUGUGGUACGCAUCCACCUGCUUGAAGCACAGAAUCUAGCAGCCAAAGACAACUACGUGAAAGGGGUGAUGGCAGGCUUGUCUGACCCCUACGCCAUAUUGAGGGUUGGCCCUCAGACCUUCACCUCUAAGCACGUUGACAACACCGACUCGCCCAAGUGGGAAGAGAUUUAUGAGGUUAUAGUCCAUGAAGUGCCUGGUCAAGAGUUGGAGGUGGAGGUAUAUGACAAAGACCCAGACCAGGAUGAUUUCCUGGGCAGGACCAAAUUGGAUUUGGGCAUUGUGAAGAAAUCCAUAGUUGUCGAUAAUUGGUUCACUUUGAAAGAAACUCCGUCAGGACGAGUUCAUUUCAAACUGGAGUGGCUGGCCUUGUUGCCCAACACUGACAGACUCGAGCAGAUCCUAAAGAGGAAUGAAAGCGUCACCAGUAAGACUGCAGAUCCACCUUCUUCAGCCAUUUUGGUUGUAUAUCUGGACAAGGCUGAGGCACUUCCUAUGAAGAAGGGAAACAAAGAGCCCAAUCCCAUGGUGCAGUUGUCUGUGCAGGACAUCACUAGAGAGAGCAAGACUUGUUACACAACCAUUAAUCCAGAGUGGGAGGAAGCUUUCACCUUCUUCAUCCAGGAUCCUCGCAAGCAGGACAUAGACAUUCAGGUGAAGGACGCAGACCGUGUGCAGACGUUGGGCAGCCUGACCAUCCCUUUGUCCCGUCUGCUGUCAAAUUCUAAUCUCUCUCUGGACCAGUGGUUCCAGUUGGACAACUCUGGAUCUGCCAGUCGUAUCUAUAUCAACACAGUUCUCAGGGUCCUGUGGUUAGAUGAGGAACGCAUUCCAUCUGAUGUGUCAUCUAAUCUGGAGGCUGGACUGUCCAAACAGCUGCCCCAGCAGACCUCCCCUCAUCCUAGCUUUGCCACAGAGGGACUGCUUAGAAUUCACCUACUGGCAGGGCAGAACCUUGUUCCAAAAGAUAACCUGAUGGGGGGCAUGGUCAAAGGCAAGAGUGACCCCUAUGUCAAGAUAAACAUCGGGGGUGAAACAUUCACAAGUCAGGUUAUCAAGGCUAACCUUAACCCCACAUGGAAUGAGAUGUAUGAGGUGAUCCUCACCCAGCUGCCUGGCCAGGACCUGGGCGUGGAGGUGUUUGAUAAAGACAUGGACAUGAAGGAUGAUUUCAUGGGCAGGUUGAAGAUCAGUCUGAAGGACAUCAUUGAUUCACAGUACACUGAUCAGUGGUACACUCUCAAUGAUGUGAAGUCCGGUCGAGUUCACCUGGUACUGGACUGGGUUCCGAUGGCCUCAGAGUCUGACAGAUUGGACCAGGUUCUUCAGUUCCAUUCCAGGCAGUCCUACUUAAACAAGGCGGUUCCCUCUGCAGGCCUUCUGUUUGUCUUUAUCGAGCAAGCAGACGGCUUACCAGUUAAGAAGAGUGGCAAGGAGCCAAAAGUGGGAGCAGAAAUUACUCUUGGAGAAAUGUCCCGCAAAACUACAGUGUGUGAUCGUACCACAUCACCUCAGUGGAACGAAGCAUUUUGCUUCCCGGUUCGAGACCCCAGAGAAGAUAUUCUUGUUGUUAAGCUGUCCCACACCUGGACUUUGCCCAUUGGUUCCCUGGUGGUUCCUAUCAGAGAGCUGCUCUCUGAGCCAGAGCUGGUCCUGGACCAGUGGUUCAAUCUGGAUGGAGCCUCACCUGAGAGUCAGAUUCUUCUGAGGGCUGAACUCAAGAUGCUGAUUCCCAGCAAAUGUCCGGGUGCCUCUGAUAAGGCUAAAGUCACUUCAGCGUCAGACCCUUCCCCCACUCAGCGUAAACAAGAGGCAGACACAGUACUGAGGUCAAGCUCAGUGGACGCCCCUCCUGUGGAGACUGUCACCUCUUCAGUGACCUCACAUGAAGAUGUUGACGUAAAGGAAAAGGCAGCUGAUGUGACUGAAGAGGAGGCGGAAGAGUCACAAACACCUGCCGUAGCACAACCUCCUCACACCUCCCCAGACCUCAGCUUUGCCAGCGAGGGGCUGCUGAGGAUCAUCCUGCUGGAGGCCCAGAGUCUGGUUGCCAAAGAUAGCAUGAUGGGCUUGAAGGGCAAGAGUGACCCAUAUGCCAAGAUCAACGUCGGGGAGUUCGCAUUUAAAAGUAAUGUGAUCAAGGAGAAUCUCAACCCAGUCUGGAAUGAGAUGUAUGAGGUGGUGCUGAGGCCUCAGUCAGGACAGGAGGUACAGGUAGAGCUGUUUGACAAAGACAUGGACAAAGAUGACUUCCUGGGAAGAUUCAAAAUCAGUUUGGCAGACAUCAUCCGUUCCCAGUACACAGACCAGUGGUACACCCUUAAUGACGUUAAGUCCGGACGUGUUCGCCUUAUUCUGGAGUGGGUACCAGCAGUUUCCAAUAAUGGCACCCUGGACAAAGUGAUGCAGAUGCAGUCCCUCCAGUCGUACAAGAACAAGGCCACUCCCUCCGCAGCCCUGCUCUUUGUUUAUGUGGACAGAGCACAGUCAUUGCCUUUUAAGAAAAGUGGAAAGGAGCCCAAGGCUGGGGCCGAGCUUGUUUUUGGUAACACAACCUACAAAACCAAGGUGUGUGAUCGCUCAAGAUCACCUCAGUGGGGUGAGGCGUUCCACUUCUCGGUUCGUGACCCCGAAAAGGAGAUGCUCAUAAUGAAGUUGUCAAGCGCAUGGGACCAGCCAAUGGGGUCUCUUGUCGUCCCUGUGAGAGAGUUGCUCUCUGAACCGGAGCUGGUCCUGGACCGGUGGAUGCCUCUGGAUGGAGCCUUGCCUGAAAGUGAGAUCCUACUGAGGGCUGAACUCAAGGUCCUGAGCUCAAGGAUGACUGAAGCUCCACAGCCUUCUGUGACUGGUUCAAGGAAAGAAGAGACCGCCGUUUCCACUGAACCGGAAUUCAAAGCAGUCAUUGAGGACAAAAAAGUCCCAGAGAUGACAAAGGAUGAAUCGGUCGCAGUAUCCAGCCAGUUUAAAGACUCUGAAGCAGCAGAUGCUGCGGCCUCCACAGAAGAUGCUGAACCGGCUGCCAUUCACACUGCUCCAGAUACAUUCCCUGCUGCUGCACCGGUGGAGGAGCCAACAGAUCCAGAAGAGCAUCACACACAGUCAGACACAUCCUUUAAAGGAGACUUUGAACCACAGCAAACAGCAGGUACUGGUUUAGGCGACCUUGCUCACGCCACAGUAACUGGUCUUCCAGCUGAUACCCUGGGGCCAGCAGAGGUCACAGAAACCCCAGAAGCUGAAGUUCUUCCACCACACACCACCCCCAGCCAGGACUUUGGUCAAGAGGGGCUGCUGAGGAUUCACCUGCUUGAGGCCCAGAAACUGGUUGCUAAGGACAACCUGAUGGGGGGCAUGGUGAAGGGCAAGAGCGACCCUUAUGUCAAGAUCAACAUAGGGGGAGUUACAUUCAAGAGUCAUGUUAUCAAGGAGAAUCUGAACCCAACAUGGAACGAAAUGUAUGAGCUGGUUCUGAGCGGACACAGCGUCCAGGAGAUAAAGUUCGAAGCGUUUGAUAAGGAUUUAGACUCUGAUGACUUCCUUGGCAGAUUCAGCAUCAGGCUAAAUGAGGUCAUCAGAUCCCAGUACACAGAUCAGUGGUACACUCUGAAUGACGUGAAGUCCGGGCGGGUCCACUUGAUCUUGGAAUGGGUUCCUACAGUGUCUCGUUCAGUCGGACUGGACCAGGUGCUGCAGCUUCAGUCUCUCCAGUCUUAUCACAACAAGGCUGUCCCCUCUGCUGCUCUGCUCUUUGUCCAUAUAGAGGGAGCCCACUCAUUACCUUUGAAGAAGAGUGGAAAGGAACCCAAAGCAGGAGCUGAGCUUGUUCUGGGUGAAACAACCUACAAAACCAAUCUGUGUGACCGCAGCACCAGUCCUCAGUGGAACGAGUCUUUCUACUUCGUGGUCCAUGACCCUAAACGUCAGAUGCUUGUAGUAAAGUUGUCCAGUGGUUGGGACCAGCCAAUGGGAUCUGUGGUGGUUCCUGUGAAGGAGCUGCUUGCAGAGCCACAGCUGGUCCUGGACCAGUGGUUCCAUCUGGAUGGAGCUGCACCUGAGAGUCAGAUCCUGCUGAGGGCUGAACUCAAGAUUCUCGAAUCCAAAAUGGUGGACAUGAUCGAUGCAGGGACUCUGCCCUGUGCUGCCUCUGGCCCUGGGUCUGGAAAUGGGCAGGUGAAGUUGUCUCUUGCAUAUUCCUCGCAGGAGAGACAGCUCAUCGUCAUCGUCCAUGCCUGCAGAGGUCUGUUGUCUCAGGGUAAGGAUGGUGUCGACAGCUAUGUCUCCCUCAUGCUGCUGCCAGACAAAAGCAAGGCCACCAAGAGGAAGACCGCGGUGAAGAAAAGAGACCUCAACCCAGAAUACAAUGAGAGGUUUGAGUACGACCUGUCUAUGGAUGAGACAAGAUUCAGACGCCUCAGUGUAUCAGUGAAGAAUAACUCAGCCUCGUUCAGGAGCCCCGACGUCAUUGGACAGGUGCAGAUCGAGUUGGCCCAGGUUGACCUGAUGUCUGGUGUCACAGAAUGGUUCACCCUGAAAGACGAAGCUGAAUAGUUAUUCUGCUUGCUGAUGUCGCAGUACAAUGAUGAUGAUGUCACCACUCAACUUGCCAUUGUGCCACUGCUGCAGCUCACACUGAUGCCUUCUCCUUCCCACCUCUGCAAACAGUACCACCGUGGCAGCCUUACCUGCAUCCACCAAGCUCUGUGCAUUAACACGUAGUAUAGAAUUUGGCUGCACUGUAUAUUCCCACACAUCAGUAUUCUCACCAAAGAUUAGCAGGCUGAUUAGCUGAGUUGACGAGGAUGAAGUGGAAGUUAGUAUUGACUGAAGGUUACUUUACUAUAUGAAAAGAUAAGAGUUUGAAGAUGGAGUGGAGUGAAAGACAACGAAUUUCAGAAAGAAUGAAGUCAUAUUUUGCUGUUGUGUUUGCCUUUUUUUGCUGAACGAAUGUUUUAAAUCUAUGAGUGUCUUCUUUGAAGUGCAGUAACAUUUUUAGACUUUAGUUUCUUUUAUGUGUUGCUCAUGAAUGCUAGUGCCAUAUCAGUAUUUUGGGUCUGCUUUACGACAGGCUCACAUUGAAGUUAUUUUAUAUUUCACAGCACCUUGCCAUGUUUGCGGUUAAAAAUUUUUUAUAUGUUGUUUUUUUUUUUUCUACAAGACAUUUGUUACACCUUCGUCACAAUUAGGUCAUGGUUUGUUUGAUUUUGUGUAUAUUUGCAAAGAUUAUGGAUCAGACCCAAGCCGUUUGUUGAAAGAUGGUAUAACAAAAAUAAACAGAUUUUGCACAGCUCA